AAUUACUCCCUCUUCCCUGCCCCGUCCCACUUCACUCUGCCCUCCCCGCCAGCCUGGCUGGGGCCUGACUGGGCGGUGGGGCAGGCAGCAGGUGGUGAGGGGAUAGGGCAGUGUAGGCCCUCCGUGCCCGCCCAUCAGGUUGCAGCUCAGCCCGAGGCUGCAGUUUGCCACGGCUGUGCUACUGAAUUACCAGCGACGCCAUGGACAGGCUGGGCCCUCGGUGCCCUCUGCCAGGCUGCUUGCGGCCCUCUGUCCUCAUAGGCUUCCUGAUCCUGACAGCUUCUUUCCUGUCAUACCCCAUGUUCAGGACCCUUAGCCUGCGGCUCCAUUCAGCUGUCACCGGCAGCUAUGUCUCCGGCACUUACUCCAUCGUCUUUGUCAACUGUCCCAAUGAGCAAAUUGCCAGAGAUAUUGCCAGGGCUAGCCUGGAUAAGAAGCUGGCUGCCUCUGUGAACAUCCUGCCCAAGGCAUCCUCACUGUACUUUUGGAAUGGAGAAAUCGAAGAAGCCACUGAAAUCCUGUUGCUAAUAAAGACAAAGACUUCCAAGGUCCACGUGCUAUCCAGCUAUAUCAGGUUGGUGCAUCCUUUUGAAAUCCCAGAAGUCUUCAGUCUUCCCAUGGACCAAGGAGAUGUCCACUAUUUCAAGUGGCUGGAGGAGGGCGUGGAGGAGGACUGAGUUGGGGGCGGGGGGAGGCUUUUGUGUCUCCUGAUGGCUGCCUCUAGCCUGCAGCAGCUGCACUCUGGGGAUUCUGUGUCAUUACAUCAUGGAAGAACCAAGGAACUUGAGAGGCUGAAGGUCUGAGCCCCUGAGGCUGGAAGAAGAGGCUGGGUGGGUCGGGCCAAGCAAGAACCCGGUGGAAUUCGUCUCGAGUGCUUCAGACUUAAAGGUGGCUAGGGCGUGGGAGGGCAAGGAUGGUUAUGUGGGGAGGCCAAGGGGAGGUGGCAGUGAGGGUGAGGUUUGUCAUCUCCUUCAGUCACUGGGCCUCCCUCGAGUGCCCAGGAUGUAAUUACUCUUCUGCUUCUCAUGAGGAGGAAUGGACCUGGUGACCUGUUUACCCGAAGUGUGUGGGCUGAAUGUCGCCUUCUAGGGGAACUGGCAAGCCCUUUACCCAAAAGGAUGAAUUGCUAAUGGUAGAAAUUUAGGGACAAGCAGGAUUAUUUCUUGUAACUAAAGAUGCUAUUUGUUAUUCCUGAGUCCUGAGGAAGUAGGAAUGGGCUUCAUGAGUGUGGGUAGGACUGGGGGAACAUUAGGUAUUAGACACAGCCUCAUGGCUUAGAAGCAGGUCUAGACUCUUCCGUAGCCUGAAUGUGACAGGUAUCAGAAGGUUCUGGUGCCUUGCUCAUUGGAGACAUAGGUUCUGAGCCCGUGGUACUAACCUUGUCAGUUGAGCAUUGAAACUGAGCAUCCUAAAGUGGAAAGACCCCUGGGAACUGCCAGACCAGUGUUUUCCAGACUUGUUCCCUUGGGUCUCAGAAGUUGUGACAGAUGGUACCCUGGGUGCUUCCUGGGUGGGGGUAAGGCUAUGAGGCUCCCCACCCAUACCUCAACCAGUAUAGCUACCUUUUAUCAUUUUUAUAUAUUAAGCUCACUUGUAAGAUUUUGGGUUUGGUUUUGUUUUGUUAAUUUUUUUGGUUAAAAGCUAGUAAACCAGUGGUCUAAGCCGGUCUCCCAUUUUAUAGAUUACCUAAGGAAACUGAACUGCACUGAGGUCCAGCAAGGGGGUGGUGUGUUGCAUUAAGGAUGGUAAGGCCAAGCCUGUUCACCCUGUGUCUGGUGCUCCUCUACCUGCUCCCUGGGUCUCAGGUGGAAGAGAGCAGGGAAGGCAGAGCCCCUUUGGGGUGAGAAGAAAGACUUGAGCUAGGCCCCCUCCCUGUCACAAGUUAACCUCGCUCUGGGGAGACUUGUGGGCAGUUUGCGUGGGGGUCCACAGACCUCUGUGGAAUCCUGGGUCUUCCCAGACGGAAGGGUAUGUGGGAUGGGUUUUUACUGCCAGGCUCUAGUUCUGACACGAGCUGUGCUUCUUAAACCUUAGUUCCUCCAAAUAUAAAAUGGAGGCCCUCCCAGGGCCCUUCUCUGAAGCUCCUGUAGGGACUUAAGGCUGAGGCUCUUCCAAAGGUCCAGAGGAUCCUGUUUUGAUAGCCAGUGGGGAUUUUGGAGGGUUGCCUCAGGAGAAGGACAAAGAGAAUGAUAAUGGUGAUGUCCCUUUUUACAACAGAUGUUUCUGAUACACGUGAAAAUCUUGGAUAAAAACCCUAGGGAAAGUGCUUUGGGGACCCCAGAAGGACUACCUCUGUUGCUUUCGGGAUAGAGCCCAGUUUCUUUUUUUCUUUUUUUUAAGAUUUUAUUUAUUUAUUUGACAGAGAGAGCGCACAAGCGGGGGGAGUGGCAGGCAGAGGCAGAGGGAGAAGCAGACUCCCUGCAGAGCAGGGGGAGCCUGAUGCAGGACCCGAUCCCAGGACACUGGGAUCGUGACCUGAGCCGAAGGCAGAUGCUUAACCAACUGAGCCACCCAGGCGCCCUAGAGCCCAUUUUCUUGGUCUGGCCUUCAAGGCCCUUCAUAGCCUUGCCUCACCUCACUUUUUCCAUCUUCACCUUCCACCUGUCCUUGCCCACGCUGGCAAGGAGAUGUUUCCAGUAGGCUGUGUGAAGCUCUUCCUGUGUUUGGGCCUCCCCUCGGCCUGGAGUGCCGCCCGCACGGAUGCCUGGGAAAUCUGGCUGCCCCUCUGCGAGACCAGCUCUGCUGGGAGGGAAGCUCUCCGGCCUCGGUGUCCCUGUCAUCCUUGUGUAUCACAGUCAUCCUCCUGUUUCUAGAUCGUGAGCUGCUCGAGCUCAAGGGCAUGUCUGAAUCUGUUUGAGCUCUUACACAGGAUUGGGCAAGUAUUCCCAAAUUGAUGUUUCAAGGAUUUGAAUAAAGAGUUCUCUGUAGCCCACAGUUACUCAUCUAUGGAAUUGGCAAAAUCCAGCCUUUUUUCUUGGAACUUUCUUAAAGUGGGACUAAUUCCAAAGGAGAUUUUUCUGUUUCUGACCUUCAUUGGGGCAUUUUCUGUGCUGACUGUGCACAGAAAACUGUUCCUUGGAGGACUUCCUUUGCCUCAGUGUCCCAGCUGACUACAGGAAAUGGGAGAGGAGAGGACAAACGCCAGCUCUCUGCCUGGUGCUCUCCUAGGUUCUCCACGUUAUUUUAUCCUUCUGACUCAUUGUUCUCCUCAGCUGGAAGCUGACUCCUUAGAUCAGAGAGCAUGACACUUAAAAUACUUGGCUGAGCUAGGCUGUGAACCCACGUGUCCAAUUCUAGAUCUGAUGCUCUUACUGCCUCCUUCAGAGAGGUUGGACAUACCCUUGGUAGGCCAAACACCUAGAGAGCCUACUGUAGCCAAUUCUAAAAGAAGGGUUAUUGGUUCCAAAAAACUGUGCAGUAAGUUGGUCUGAUGCUUAAAAAUAUAUUGUAUUGUUUACUUCUCCCCGCAGAUCUGGAGGCUGGUGACAGGAUCUUUAUUCUGCAGAUGAGGGAACAGAUCUAGAGGAGUUCAGUGAUUUUUCAGGUCUGCGUGAUUCCCAGCUUACUUACCCUAGGACCACACUGUCCCCCCAGAAUGCCACUGUGGGGCUGGGCUAGGACCUAGACUAGCGGCUCCAUGCAGGAAUGCCUUCCCAGCGUUUCUCAGGAAAGGUGUUUUUUGAAUCCAAAGUCUCCAGAAAAAUCACUUGAGGAAAUGAGAAAAAAAUAUUAAAAUUAUCUGUGAAUACUGAAGCUUAAAAGCAUAGAGAUGUCAACAGGUUUGGAGAAAUCAUCAGAUAAAAAAAGAGCAAGAAACACCAACAUGCGGAGUUGAGGGUUGAAGGGAACCAGGACAGGAGUGUGCAGGAGAGAAAUGAUUACCAUGGAAUCAGUCUUGCUUGCAAUUGUUGCUGACUCCCAAGUGUGUCUGUCUAGCCCUGUCUGCUGCAAACUGUGUGUUAUUUUUGCAGAUGAGUUUAUACACAUAGUAUACAUUAAAUUCUAUGAGCUUUGUUUGAAGAAAUAAGCUUUGGUAGCAAAAUAAAUUUUAAUUGAGCAAUUUUGACAUGUGAUUUCAUGUAGUAUUCUUAACCUUGCUAGGAUAUUUGAAUGUUCUUUGAAUGCUAUCCAAUAAUGUUCCCUGGCAUUUUCCAGUGUUUAAAUAUUCCCUAUAGGCUACAGUUCUUUGUAAAUACUACUAAGUAAAAUUCCUAUUAAA